UUUUUCAAAGAAAAAUUACCAAAAACGUGAAAGAUGGCGUUUGUUGUUCAUAUCGUGUCAUUUAAUUUGUAAAUAUCUGUUUAUUUUAUAAACCUUGAAGACUAAAACCAAAAUGCAACUUUGUCGUUUGUGUUUAAAAAACUCGGAACUUUGUGUUUCCUUAUUUACAGGUGGCAUUUUGAAUAAAAUAGAAUCAUUAACAUCAAUAAAGAUCGCCAAAGGCGACAACUUACCACAGACCUGCUGCGAAUCAUGUGCGGCAAACGUUUACUCGUCCUACAAAUUUCAACAAACCAUCAUCAAAGCAAAUGAAACGCUACUGAGCUUGACCUCUGAUAACUUACAAUUUCUCGUAGACACUGAAGGUUUGCAGAUGAAGCAGGAGAUUAAAGAAGAAGCUUCGUCAGGCGAAGAACGGUUUGAUGAUGACCUGAACAGUAACUCCUCACGAGCCUCCAGUACAUUAGAGAUAAGCGAUCUUGUAAUGUUAGACUACAAAAAGGAUGAAAGUGAAGACAACACAAAAGACAUUUUGGAAAAUUGUGACGAAAUUAUUUACGAUUUAGACGAUUCUCAAGUGGGCGAAGUAUCGUCGGAAUCUGAAGAUUUCGAAUGUUUACAGUGCGGUGCGAAGUUUAGCUCGAAAAAAUCAUUACAGCAGCAUAUGGCCAAGCAUAAAGUUGAUAGUUGCCCGUUUUGUCAGGUGGUGAUGAGACGAGACAAUCUUAAAAAACACAUUCAGAUACAUACGGAUUCACCGGAGGUAUGCGAAAUAUGUGGUAAACUCGCGAAGAACAAGGAAAGUUUGCGCGGUCAUAUGAACUAUGCACAUAAGAAAAAGGCCAAAAUCAAAUGCAAGGAGUGUGGGAAGGAAUUUAAGUCCACGCAUCACUAUAAUACACAUUUUAGGAACGUUCACUUAGGGAUUAGAAAUCAUCAAUGCGACAUUUGCGGGAAGAAGUUCUUCUCCAAUUACGAUUUAAAUAAACACAUCACUAUGACACAUAAAAAGGCUAGGCCUUAUGAGUGUUCGUAUUGCGGAAAAGGAUUUUCCAGUCCGUAUGCGAGAAAGACGCACAUAAGGCAGCACACUCUGGAAACACCUUAUCAUUGUGACAUUUGCACGGCUGGAUUUAGGCAGAAAGUUUCCUUACUUACCCAUAUUAGAAGUAAACACAGUACAAUGAAAAAGGAAAAUAAUUGACAGAUAAUUGUAAUUUAAGAUCUCAUUGUUAUAUGCAUGAAUCUUUUUUGUUACUCUGUGGUAUCAAGUGCUUGAAUAAAGUGUAAUUCCAUACUAA